GAGGUGGGCUGCACUUUCAUUGGAGCUGUUAUGGUACUUUUUACCGUUACUUGAGGACUAACGAAUACCGUCCUGAAUCUGACCUGCUGUUGGACUUCAUGCGCUGAAGGAGAAUCAGUAAGAAGUAAAACCACCGGGGCUCUUGCGGUCCGUCCUCGUCAGAGAAAAGAGACUGAUGCGGGGUUCGCUGCGUGGGUCUGUCCGGUGAGAGACUGCUUGGAUUUUAAACCGACAUGGUGGGUUAACGUUUGAGUGAUACGGAGACCGUCCGGUAAAUUCCUGACAGGAGCAAUGAAUGAUUUCGCGCGCGGUCCGCGUGAGUGAAAACGCUCGCGUAACUGUUGCUGUGAACGGCUGUCUGCAUGAACAUGAGGAGAGGAAAUAACUGAAACAAACUGCGUGGAUUGGCAGUAGGCAGUAACUGAAGAUGAGGAGGCGCUGGUGGCGAUCGGACUGUCUGGAGUUGGCGAUUGGCUUGUUUGUUAUCAUCACCCAAAUCUCGGCUCAAAACACUGAGGACUGGCACUAUGAGGAGUGUAAGUUGUCACGGUCGGGUCCACCUGCCACAAUCGUCACCAUUGAUGAGGAAAGUCCAAAUGUACAAGAACAGCCAAGUCCUCCAUCAAAAGGCAGGAGAUUGUACUCCUACAGCCGCAAUACGAGCAUUGCGAUUUCUCCUAUUUCCUUUUUCCACAAGUGCUUCAUCUCCUCUCUCUUCUACUGUCUGUCUCCACCCAGUUACAUCACCACCAUCGUGGUUCAGGUUCAGUGCACCAAUGAGCUGGUGGGAACAGUUAUUCUGCACGAAGUACGGAUAGUGGUGAGGGACAGAAAUGACAACACGCCUCGUUUCCAGCAGCCUCGUUACUAUGUAUCAGUUAAUGAGCUCACUCCUGUCGGUACCACCAUCUUCACCGGCUUCUCAGGAAACAAUGGAGCCACGGACAUCGAUGACGGACCAAACGGACAGAUCGAAUACGCCAUUCAGUACAACCCAAAUGACCCGAUGUCAAACAGGACCGUGCGUGUUUCUGGGACGCUGUCUGGUAAUAUUGUUUUGGCAGAGCGGCUGAACUAUGAGGAGAGAACGCGCUAUCUAAUUAUAGUCCAGGCCCAUGACCGGGCUCCGUAUCCGGGAACUCGUCGCACAGCAACCACUACUCUAACUCUGGAUGUCUCGGAUGGAGAUGAUCUGGGUCCUAUGUUCCUCCCGUGUGUUCUGGUCAACAACACACAGGACUGUAACCCCAUCAUAUACCGUGUGGCUAUUCCUGAGCUCACUGACCCGAGCAAACUGAACCCUCUGAAUGUGACACCUCCCAUUCGAGCCAUCGACCAGGACAGAAACAUCCAGCCACCCUCAGACAGACCGGGAGUCAUGUACUUCAUACUGGUUGGUCAACCUGCUACGUACCUAGAAUUCUUUUCGCUCAACAGGAGCACAGCUGAGCUGCGGCUGCUGAAGCCUGUGGACAGAGAGCUGUACCAGCACUUCAAUCUCGUUAUUAAGGCCGAGCAGGAUAACGGUCACCCUCUUCCUGCAUACGCUGACCUGCAGAUUGAAAUUCUGGAUGAGAACAACCAGGUGCCAUAUUUCCAGCGUUCCUCGUACCAGGGCUUCAUCAGUGAGUCUGCCUCUGUUGGCACCACCAUCUCAGGGAGCGCCAACCUCACGGCCCCGCUGGGCAUCAUCGCACUGGACAAUGACAUAGAAGAGACAAAAGAUCCUCAGUUGAAGAUCACUCUGAAUGACUACACCUCCAUCUUCUCCAUCACAUCUACUGGCAUCACACGCUACCUUACUCUACUGAAACCAGUGGACCGAGAGAUACAGACCAACUACACCUUAACGCUGGUGGCAUCUGAUGGCGUUCAACAGAGCAGACCCGUGACGGUGGACAUCCUGGUCAUCGAUGCGAAUGACAACACACCCACUUUCGGUCAGGUGUCCUACAGUGUGGAGAUCUUCACUAACAUGCUGCCCGGAGAGACCGUCCUGCAGCUGACGGCUCAGGACGCUGAUGCUGGUUUAAACGGCCUCAUCACGUACGCCAUCCUGGCUGGAGAUCAAGGUGAUUUCAUCAUCAACAACCGCACAGGACGAAUCAUGUUAGCACCAGGGGUCACACUGACUGUCGGCCGUUCCUACGCACUGACCGUGAGAGCGUCAGACAACGCUCCUGACACAGAGAGGAGGAGCUCCAUAACUACAGUCUACAUAGAGGUUCUGCCACCUAACAAUCAGAGUCCACCACGAUUCCCCCAACAGACCUACAACCUGGAGAUCAGCGAGGGCAUGAGGAUAGGAGCCAUACUGCUGAACCUGCAGGCUACAGACCGUGAGCUGGAUCCUAUCACCUACCAGAUACAAAGUGGUGACCCGCAGCAUGUCUUCAACCUUUCACGAACUAUAGGUCUUCUGCUGCUGGCCAAACCUCUGGACAGAGAGACUAUUGACCAGUAUCGCCUCAUCGUCACGGCAUCUGACGGCCACCCAGGAGGGAUUUCCACGGCCACUGUCAGCAUUGUCAUCACAGACGUUAAUGACAACGAUCCCAGCUUCGACCUCACUCUACUCAGAAACCUGACCGUGAGGGAGGAAGAGGCCAAUGUGUUCGUGGGUCAAGUCAGGGCCACCGAUCCUGAUGCCGGGCUCAAUGGUCAGAUCCGGUACCGUUUGCUCUCCUUUGCAUCUCUGUUCACCAUAAACGCCACGGGCAGCAUCUUCACUGCGGUGCCGCUGGACCGAGAGACUCGGAGCCGGUACGAUCUGAUCGUGGAGGCGUCAGAUGGAGCGGUGAACCCUCGCAGGGCCACCAUCACACUGUUGGUGGAGGUGACAGACAUCAAUGACAACAGCCCUGUGUUUUCCCAGCCCAUCUACACCGUCAACGUCCCAGAAAACACCCCCGCUGGAACCGUCAUCCUGAGACUCAGUGCGGAGGAUGCCGAUCUCGUCUCUAACGUGACCUACAGAAUAAAAACAGAAGCAGCUCAGCAGCUCUUCGCCGUGAACCGUCUGACCGGCGCCGUAUCAGUCCUGCAGGCGCUAGACUUUGAGGACUUGCCAGCAGGCAACAGCACCUACACAUUUGAAGUGGAGGUGUUAGAUCACGGAGGAGUCCUUCCUCCUGGAACGGCCACAGUCAUCGUUAGAAUCACGGAUGUGAAUGACUUCUCCCCAGUCUUCAGACAGGCACUUUAUAAAGGGCUGGUGGCUCCAAAUGCAGAGAAAGGGACAGUCAUCACAACUGUGCUUGCAGAAGAUCAAGACCCUCCAGGUACGCCUGCCAGUAAAGUGCGCUACAAAGUGGAUCAGGAUCUGUCUCCGUACAGCGGAAGUAUCUUUGAUGUGGAGACGGACACAGGACGAGUUAUCACCAAAGUCAACCUGAACGAGCAGCCCAAUGCCAUCUUCAGGCUGGUGGUCAUUGCCUAUGACGAUGGAGAGCCGGUGAAGACGAACAGAACUACAGUGGAAAUCACUGUGCUUCAGCCCUCCAGGAUUCCCAUCUUCACCGAGGAAGAGUACAGGUUUAGUCCGGUGAGUGAGAGCGCUCCUGUCGGGACGCCUGUGGGAAUGAUUCUGGCCGCAGCCGUCAACACCACUGUCUUUUACUCCAUAGUGAGCGGAAAUGAAGGAGGUGAGUUCAUGGUCAAUAACCGCACUGGGAUCAUCUACACAAAUAACCUUCUGGACUACGAGAGCGUGACCAGUUAUGUGCUCCGCGUGCAGGCCGACUCCCUCGCUAUCAUCCUCGCCAGUCUGCGCGCUCCCUCCAAAACGAACACGGCGAAGGUAUUUAUCGACGUGCAGGAUGAGAAUGAUCAUCCUCCGGUCUUCACAAGGUCUCUUUAUAUCGGAGGAGUGACUGAAGACACUAAGACCUUCACCACAGUACUGAAAGUUGUGGCUACAGAUAUCGACACGGGAAACUACAGUAAGAUGGCCUACAGACUGAUCACCCCCCCCUCACCCGAGGGGCAGGACAGUUUCGUCAUUGAGCCGUACACUGGCGUCAUCAAGAGCGCCAUCAUGUUCAGAAACAUGCGCCGGUCCUACUUCAAGUUUGAGGUCAUUGCCACAGACAACUAUGGGGAGGGAUUGAGCGGCAGGGCUGAUGUGGUGGUGUCCGUUGUCAAUGCCUUGGACAUGCAGGUUGUGGUCUCUAAUGUGCCGCCCACUGUGGUGGAGGAGAAUAAAGAGCAGCUGAUUAGUAUUUUGGAGCGCUACGUGCAAGAUCAGAUCCCUGGUGCUAAAGUGAUAGUGGAAUCGAUUGGCCCUCGGCGGCACGGAGAAGGUUAUGAACUUGAGGACUACACCAAAUCAGACCUGCAGGUGUACGCCAUCGACCCUCUCACCAACAGAGCCAUCUCCAGACAAGAGCUCUUCAAGUUUCUGGACGGCAAGAUUCUGGACAUCAAUAAAGAGUUCCAGCCGUACCUGGGCGAGGGCGGGCGGAUUCUGGAGAUCCGUUCUCCUGACAUCGUGGCGAGUGUGAAGAAGGAAACUCACUCUUUGGGGGUGCUUUACAGGAGGCAGGCCGAGUGUGCCAAAACUGCCCGUAUCCAGAUGGCUCUUCCUGCCGGCAAAUCAACAGGAGGUGGCGCUCCGACCAAUCUCUACGAGGAGCUGGGAGAUGGCGGCAUGCUUGGACUACAAAGGCGCCGAAAGUCUGUAAUCGAGGAGGCGGAUCGACAGAGUCGCAUAAGAGCCUUUGCCUCUCGUGCUAUCGCCGCUCACAAACUGUGUGCCGGAAACGGAAAGUUGCUCGACAGGUUGCCCAAGUCAGAAAGCAAUGUCACCUUCCUCUUGGAUCAACGGCCGCUCACCACGCAAAAUCCGCUUUACCAGGAUGGAUCGUCAAGUAGUCCCGAGCCCAACUCGGAGGUGCAAAUGGUCAUUGGGUUUUUGGACCGUGAUGUCCCAUCUCCGACAAGCCCCAUCAGCCAGAUGACUUCUUGGUCUUUGCCGUCCCGUAUUCGAGGACGAGGGCUUUACGAUGCUCUGUGCCGGCAGGCACUCUUGGACCCUGCCAAAUGGGAGGAGCAAGAGCUGAAGGCGGGGCUUAAGGACAGCAGGGAAGAGCUCGAUGCUGAUGUAGAUCAAGGUGGUAGAAGCACAGAAACAAAGCUGUCGGUCCGAGAACAAGCCAGACAGUUUGAGCAGCAAGCUUUAGCCGAACGGACGCCAAGACAGAGCCGGGACUCUUACGCAUCUCUAGAUCCAGACGACCCACUGCUAACCGCCUUCAUGUUCUCAUCCAGUCCAAUUUCUGUUGGCAAGGACAUCCCACCCUGCAUUAUCAUUGCAGGGGGUGAUGGUGAGACUCCUCCCCCACCCAUGGCUCAGCGUCCCACUCCGCCCGUCCUGAGGAAGUUCAGCUCCAGUAUAUCCAAUUACAUGACGGUGGAGCCUUGUGAGAUCACUCUGGAAUUCAUAUCGGACUCUCCGGAAAGUCCACCAACCCCUCUUCCUGUCCCAUCCUGCUCUUUACUUUCUCCUCCACCUGUGCAACAGGACUCCACCCCACCACCUACCCCAACUCCUGUUCAGUCUCCUGAACCCCCCGCUCAGUCUCCGACUCCUACACGUAAGCUAAGAGGGAUCCUCAAGAACACAGGCAGAUCUGCCAACAGCCUUGAUGUGAAAGAUGACAGCACUUGCGAAGGAGGACUUAAAGACUCCAUGACUGUUGUUCUAAAAGUGUCAGAAUCUAAACCAGGUGAAACAGAUGGCAGCCAAUCAGAAUCAGACUCUUCUGCUCAGCUCCCAAACUAA